AUGCAAUCUGUAUCUUUGCCGGAACAGCAACCAGAACAAAUGAGAGCUUUAACUCAGCAAUAUAUUCAAAACUUCGAUCAAUUUAUGAUGUAACUAUUUCCUUACCAUCUUAGGAAUCAUACCAUUGAGUCAAUGAAGCCAUUGAUUUCCCUAAUUAGAAAGCUAAUGUCUCAAGAGCAAAAAUGGCAUCUCAAACAGUGA